ACGCUAAGUUGAAACAUUUUUAAAUCUAAAUUGCACAACAUUAAAUCAAUAUUGAAACAACAUUGAGCAAAAUUGCAAUGCAUUGAAUCAAUAAGAAUCAUUAUUAAAUCAAUACCUAUGGCAACAUUUUAAAUCAAUCAGCUGAUUCGUUCUUUGCUGCAAAUUAUUUCACGUGCUUGAAAAAAUGUCGAUUAAAUUAAAUUUAAAAGACGGUGUUUUAUCCACCGAAAAUGGUGAAAUUGUUACAAUUAUGGAAGAACAAAGCGCAAUUGUUCAAGAAUUUGCACUCGAGAAUGUGAAUUUUACUGAAAGUGACCAAAAUAAUGUGUCCAUCGAUGAAGCCAAUGACGAAGAAGAUAGAAAAAAGCUGGUCGAAUGGCUGAACGAUCAUGGAUUAGCAAAAGUUUUGGUGUACCUUCAAAGCAAGUUUGUCUAUUAUUAUUAAUAUUAACAAAUUCUAAUUUUAAAUAUGUAUAUAUAUAUAUAAGUGUAGAUGCGCAGGUAACUUUUGACAGCCUUCAGUAUCUAGAAAAGGAUGACAUAAAGGAGGCUAUUCCACCGAUUGGCCUCCGGGCAAAAUUUCGUAGCAAGCUCUUUGAAUGGAGAAAGAAAGAGUUUGGUAUUGAAUGUGAAGAAGAAGAUUCGUUAAGGUCGGACAUUCUAAAAUGGGUGAAACAAAGCAGCUUUAAAGUUCAUCUCCAGCGCCAUCCCCUCUUCAAGAUAUACCCAAUGUCCAUGGCUGUCUUAAUAAAGAUUUAUCAAGUCUUUUGGAUGAAACUGCUAAGGGAAGAGCCCUACUAGAAGUGUACGCCACUAAGCAGUGCUUUAAAAACGCAAACCGUGACGUACUCAUCAACAUAAUUGUGGAGCAUAUAAUUUUUCAGAACGUCCACUUGAGGCCUAACGAUUUCGCUGCCGUUGUCUCGGAGAUUUGCGCACUAUUCCCAAAAGAAAGCCUCGCUCGGGUAAGGAUUUAUACAGGGCUGUUCAUACUUUAAAUGCAAUCAAGCAGGACAUUUUUGUAAAAAAAACACCCCUCACGGUUUUUGGAG